CAUCCUCCAGCGAAGAACAAACAGAAAUGGCACCAAGACAGAAGGCUCUCCUUAAGGUUAUCAUCCUCGGUGACAGCGGUGUUGGAAAGACCAGUUUGAUGAACCAGUACGUGAACAAGAAGUUCAACAAUCAAUAUAAAGCAACCAUCGGCGCAGACUUCUUGACGAAGGAUGUGAUGGUCGAUGACCGCCUAGUGACUCUUCAGCUCUGGGACACCGCCGGCCAAGAACGUUUCCAAUCCUUGGGUGUUGCAUUCUACCGAGGCGCAGACUGCUGUGUUCUCGUAUACGACGUAAACAAUGCCCGCUCCUUCGAGACCCUGGAUUCAUGGCGAGAUGAGUUCCUGAUCCAAGCCGCGCCGAGUAACGCGGAUAACUUCCCGUUUAUCUGUCUGGCGAAUAAGAUCGAUGUUGAUGAGAGCAAGAGAAUGGUUUCGCAGAAGCGCGCGAUGGCGUUUUGUCAGUCAAAGGGUGAUAUCCCGUAUUUUGAGACGAGUGCGAAGGAGGCAAUCAAUGUUGAGCAAGCAUUCGAGGUGAUUGCACGGAAUGCGCUGGCGAUGGAGGAUCAGGAGGACUACGCGGGUGACUUUAACGACCCUAUCAACUUGGGCGCUGAUACUGGUACUUCCUCUGGUGGAUGUGCUUGUUAGAGGGUGUUGAAGAAGUC